AUGAUGUUAGAGUGCGACCCGACAGAGACCGAGGGCGACCUGGACCCAGGGACAGCAGCGGAGCUCGGUAACUUUCCCCCCGAACAGGAACACUCUCACACGGUGUUGUUUGAUAAAAGCCGGCUCGGGCUGUCGUUAAACCCCGGGGGCGCGGUGCGGAUCUCAGACUCCCGAGAGAGCGUCCUCACGGAGCUGGAGACUGACGGGUCCGGGGAAGAGGCUCUGCUGCUGCCGUGUCUCACAGGAAGCGCUGCGUCUCCAGUGCGCAACAAGAGGCGACACACGCACAGCUCAUCCUCCGAGAAGGACACGCUGGCCUCUCCAGGGGCCCACCACGCAGACGUCAACCAUUUCCCAGAUGACCCAGAGUUUGCAGACAUCAUCCAAAGGGCAGAACAAGCGAUUGAAAAUGGAUUCAACCCAGAGCGCAUUUCACAAGGUUCCAGUGGAAGCUACUUUGUCAAGGAUCCGAAAGGGAAAGUCAUUGGAGUUUUUAAACCAAAGUCUGAGGAGCCGUAUGGCCACUUAAACCCCAAAUGGACCAAAUACUUUCACAAGUUAUGUUGUCCCUGUUGUUUUGGUCGGGGAUGCUUGUUGCCAAAUCAGGGUUACCUGUCGGAGGCUGCCGCUUCGUUAGUUGAUUCAAAGCUUGGUCUUGGUGUAGUGCCCAAAACAAAGGUGGUGUACCUGGCCAGUGAGACAUUCCACUACAGCGCAAUAGACCGAGCCAAAUCCAGAGGGAAGAAGUACGCCUUAGAAAAGGUUCCCAAAGUCGGGCGCCGCUUCCAUAGAGUGGGCCUGCCUCCUAAGGUGGGCUCAUUCCAGCUGUUCGUGGAGGGGUACCGUGAGGCUGAUCACUGGCUCAGACGCUUUGAGGCCGAUCCGCUGCCAGAGAACAUCCGGAAGCAGCUGCAGUCUCAGUUCGAGCGCCUGGUCGUGUUGGAUUAUGUGAUCAGAAACACAGACCGAGGAAAUGACAACUGGUUGAUCAAGUACGAGAAGCCAGGAGUAGGCGAGGGUGAAAAGGAUGCAGAGUGGCCAGAGGGCAUCACAGACUCCUGCAUCAAGAUAGCGGCAAUUGACAACGGACUGGCCUUCCCCUUUAAGCACCCGGAUGAGUGGAGAGCCUACCCGUUCCACUGGGCCUGGCUCCCUCAGGCGAAAGUGGCCUUCUCCCAAGAGACCCGGGACUUAGUGCUGUCGCGUCUGUCAGAUAUGAACUUUGUCCAGGACCUCUGUGAAGACCUCUAUGAGAUGUUCAAGACAGAUAAAGGCUUCGACAAGACCAUGUUUGAGAGACAAAUGUCAGUGAUGCGGGGACAGGUGCUGAACCUCACCCAGGCCCUGAAAGAUGGAAAGAGCCCAAUCCAGCUGGUGCAGAUGCCCCGCGUGGUGGUGGAGCGCAGCCGGUCCGGAGGUCAGGGGCGGGUGGUCACUUUGGGAAACGCCUUCACACAGACUUUUCACUGCAAGCGCCCGUUCUUCUCCUCUUGGUAG